UCCUCCCGCAGUGGGGUUGACGUGAUGACGCCAGCGCCGGCGCUUCCUGUGCUGAUGUGCGCAAAGUGAAAGAGGCUACAUAAUGCUACCUGUCCCUGCGGCUGGAGUUGUUUUCAUAUUAGCUUGGAUUUAUCCAAGUUACGCACUCUACUUCCACAUAGGAGAGACGGAGAAGAAGUGUUUCAUUGAGGAAAUUCCAGACGAGACCAUGGUUAUCGGAAAGUACAGGACUCAGCUGUGGGACAAACAGACCAGUUCCUUCCUUCCAUCCACCCCUGGCCUUGGGAUGCAUGUGGAGAUCAAGGAUCCAGAUACAAAGAUUAUCCUUUCUCGUCAAUAUGGGUCGGACGGACGGUUCACCUUUACCUCCCACACUCCUGGAGAACAUCAGAUCUGUCUGCACUCCAACUCCACCAAAAUGGCUCUGUUUGCAGGAGGAAAACUGAGAGUGCAUCUGGAUAUUCAGGUUGGAGAACAUACCAACAACUAUCCUGAAAUUGCAGCUAAGGACAAACUCACUGAGCUGCAGCUGCGAGUCCGACAGCUUCUAGACCAAGUUGAACAGGUCCAGAAGGAGCAAAACUACCAGAGGUAUCGCGAGGAGCGGUUUCGCAUAACGAGUGAGAGCACCAACCAACGUGUCCUCUGGUGGUCCAUUGCUCAGACGCUCAUCCUCAUCGUCACAGGCAUUUGGCAGAUGAAGCACCUCAAAAGCUUUUUUGAGGCCAAGAAGCUGGUGUAAUGUCAGUCUGAGCAACACCAGCAUAAGGAAACAACAGACAAAUGAAAAGACAGACUUGACUUACCUGAAUGGAGAGAUGCCCACCCACAGUGCAGAAAACUCCAAAAUGAGACAUGCGACCUUAAUAUCAGCCUUUAAAUGGUAUGAGCAGAUUCACAGAGGAAGUUAUAAAUCCUGGGCAAUGUUUUUUUCAUUCUAAAUUUUUUAAGCUAUUGUUAUUUUUUCCCUUAGCAUCAAUACCGUAGCACAACAUUCCACUUGCCUUUCCCGUUUUGGUUGUUGUGUUUUCCUGAUAACACUUGACAUCUUUCUAUCUUCACAUGCAGGAGUAAGCAGAGAAGACAACAUUAGUGAACUGAGAUUGUUUUUUUGGGUCAUGCAUGAAUGGAUGGCCACUGCAAUAAAUAAUGUGAGAAUGAGAAUGUUAAAGCUGUCACAAGUAAUAAUCAAGUUGGUUAUUGAUACCUGGUUUUACGUUGGUCAUUUUUUGUCAUUGUGUUGCACACAGUUUAUUUCCAGGUUUUAUCAUUUCUAACUAUAGGCUUUCAGCAGUGCUGUAUACAGUAAGUGGUCACACUUAUGCAAAUAUUAUACUGGCCUUGAUUUCUUAGAUGUCCGUUUGGAAACACUUUAUUUUAACCCCCUAUUUCACAUUUAUGAACCAUGUAUAAAUGCCUAAUAAAUUGUUUAUAACACACUGUGAGUGGGUAUAAAGACAUUUUAAGUGUUAAUCUAUUAGUCAACAAUUAAAACUUCUAUAUAGCAUACUUAAUGAUUAAUAAUAUGGUAUGACCGCUCUUAUAAUUAUGAAUAUAUACAUACAUGAAAACAUCCUGAGUGUUAUAAAACAUAUUAACUGUUAAUGCACAUGUACAAUGUUAUCUUGAAAAGCAAAUGAUAAUUAUUGUAAAAUGUAUUAUUAGAAAGUCAUGGUAUGAUGAAAACUCGAGGACAUGUUAAUUCUUGACCUCAGAAAUAGUAGUUUGACAAAAAAAAUCUUAACUCGGGUUCCACUUACUGGAUUUCUCUCGGAGAUUUCAGCCUCAUUAAAUAUAAUAGAUAAAUCUAUUAUGUGUGUUGUUUUUAAGUAGUUUAUAUGAUUGCAAAUGUUAUAUUGUCAAUCAUUCAUCAGAUGUUACAGAUAGUUUACAUCUAAACCAUGUAUUAAGUGUUUAUACAUGGUUUAUAAAUGUGAAAUAGGGGGUUAAAAUAAAAUGUUGCCACCCAUCCUUCUACCAGACUGUAUAGUUUCUAGCUGUCCAAUUUUCUGUACAUUGUAUUAGAUAGGUCUGUAGAUACAGUUUGUGAUACUCUUUCUGGCAAAUAACUGGUAUCGCUGAUCAACUAUCCUGUUCAUUUUCUAAUGCCUUGUACAAUUUGCAUGAUAUACAGGUAUUUAAGUUUAUUUGUUUUUUUAAAUUGUGCCACCAGGUUGUUUUGCUUCAUCACAGCUUAUUUAUUGAGCAGUCAUAGCCUGUGUUUUAUUGCUGAGCUAAAGCCAGAUUUACUGUAAUUUCAUAAACUAUUCUGGAUUCCAUUCAUCCAUGCUGGGCAGCAUUUUAAUACAUCUGUAAAUUCUGUUAAUUCACAUUCAUAAUGAUGAAGAACUUAACAUUGUGAGUCAGUGGGUUUCCAAUUUUGAAAAGGUUUUCAUAUUAUACAGUUUAUAUUUGAGUCCAGUUCUUCAGAUGCAAUAUAAUUGGGCAUUCAGUUCUAUUUAAAAAAGAUCAUCACUCCAAAAUGUUCCUGUUUCUAACUGUGGUCUUGAUGUCACCUCCAUGUGCUUAAUAAAGACACUUUGGCUAAA